GUGUUUAGUACUUGAGAAAAUGUCAUGUUUGUGGCGAACAUCUGUUCAUUGUUUAUGACGAAUUCGUAUAUAUGAUUAUAAAAAACAUGUAAAUAAAGUGCCAGUAAUUAAAAUUUUCUCAGGAAGUGUUGAUUUAGAAAAUAAUAAAAAAUGACGGACAAAAUGCAAAGUAGUCAAUCUCAGCCAAUUGUUAAAAUUGGUCAUUAUACUUUAGGCCAGACUCUUGGUGUUGGGACUUUUGGCAAAGUAAAAAUCGGAGAGCAUGUGUUGACAAAACACAAAGUGGCAGUGAAAAUUCUCAAUCGGCAAAAAAUCAAGAGCUUAGAUGUCGUUGGAAAAAUACGAAGAGAAAUACAAAAUCUUAAAUUAUUUAGGCAUCCGCACAUUAUUAAAUUGUAUCAGGUGAUCAGUACACCGACAGAUAUAUUUAUGAUAAUGGAAUAUGUUUCUGGUGGUGAACUAUUCGAUUAUAUUGUAAAGCACGGCAAACUAAAAGAAUACGAGGCGAGAAGAUUUUUUCAACAAAUAAUUUCUGGAGUGGAUUAUUGUCAUCGUCACAUGAUUGUGCAUCGGGAUUUAAAGCCUGAAAAUCUUCUCCUCGAUCACAAUUUACAUGUUAAAAUUGCAGAUUUCGGCUUGUCAAACAUGAUGAUGGAUGGGGAAUUUUUGAGAACUUCUUGUGGAUCUCCAAAUUACGCCGCACCGGAAGUAAUUUCUGGAAAGUUGUAUGCAGGUCCUGAAGUGGACAUUUGGUCAUGUGGAGUAAUUUUAUACGCGCUAUUGUGCGGCACAUUGCCAUUUGACGACGAACACGUACCUACUCUCUUUCGAAAAAUUAAGUCCGGUAUUUUUCCCAUACCAGAAUAUUUGAACAAAACCGUCGUGAGUCUUCUUUGCCAUAUGUUGCAAGUGGAUCCAAUGAAACGAGCAACAAUCGAGGACAUCAAGAAACAUGAAUGGUUCCAAAAAGAUUUGCCAACCUAUUUAUUCCCUUCGCCCGUCGAGCAAGAUUCGUCUGUGAUAGAUAUUGAUGCCGUUAACGAGGUUUGUGAGAAGUUCAACGUCCAAGAAUCAGAAGUGCACUCUGCAUUGCUUAGCUGUGAUCCUCACGAUCAACUGGCAAUCGCCUAUCAUCUUAUCAUUGAUAAUAAGAGAAUUGCGGAUGAAGCUGCAAAAGCCGAAUUGAAAGAUUUCUACGUUGCCUCAAGUCCUCCGCCUGUUGCCUUCAGUCCCAGUGAGUCCAACAACAGUCCCUUGCGGCCUCAUCCUGAGAGAAUUGCUCCUUUCCGCGAUCGUCAAGGUUCUUUAGGCAGUGCUACGGCUCAAGUUCCGGGAAACAGGAACACUCCCGUCAAGAGAGCGAAAUGGCAUUUAGGAAUCAGGUCUCAAUCUAAACCUCAUGACAUUAUGAACGAAGUGUACCGAGCGAUGAAGGCUCUUAACUUUGAGUGGAAGAUUAUCAACGCAUACAGUGUUCGAGUCCGACAAAAGAAUCAAGUCGCAGACAGAUACAGUAAAAUGUCUCUUCAAUUGUACCAAGUAGAUUACAAAAGUUAUCUUUUAGAUUUUAAAUCACUUUCGAGCGAAGAAAGCGAAGACAUGAUGAUUUUAGAUCCUACUCUUCCCCCUCCACAAGCGACUGGUCACCACACAAUGGAGUUUUUUGAAAUGUGUGCUGCUUUAAUUACUCAACUGGCUCGAUAAAAGUCAAACUACAAACUAGGUAAAAGGGGUGUCGGUUAAGCAAAAUAAUAAUGAACAGAAAAUUUAAAAAAAAAGUAUUUUACGAGUCAGUAGUCAUCUUAUUUCAUGUACAUAGGUUUUUAUAGGCUUAAUCUUACACAAUAUUCUCAUUUGAAUCAGAAUUUAUCGUGACCUUUCAUUUCUGUUUUUAAUUAUUUUGAAAAAUUGUAUAUUAACAAAUUGAUAGCAAUAUUUAAAUAUUGAAUUUUAACUUAUUAUAAGAACAUAAAACAAACAAAAAAGACACCAAAAUUCAGAAUUUUAUUAUGAAUUCUAAUUAAAUUUAAUUUUUUACAGUACUCAGGGCUCGAACUAGGUCCGCAAAUCUCGUCAAGCUCCGAAAAUUUGCUUGAAGUUCGUAAAAGUCAAUCUUUUUUUAAAAAAGAACCGUAAAGUCCGCAAUUUGAUUGAAAAAUGACGAAAAGUUCGUAAAUUGUACGAUAUAAUUUGGAGAAUUUUAGAGAAAAUACAAAUAAUUGCAGAAAUUC